AUGUUGAUUUCACUCACCGUGGGUAAAGUCGAUGCCGGAGUGGCCGUCUUAUUAACUCAAGAUAAACGACUCAUUGAAUUUCCAUCUAUUCUCCUUCCACCCAACAUCACAUCCGGUAGCAUCGUCGAUAUUACCGUUGCACGAAACCUCGUCUCGGAAGAAAAAUCCCAAAAAUCAUUCGUCGCUCUCCAAGAUUCUAUCUUCAAUUCAUUUGGUGCAUCAGAACCGUCUGCACCAGUCCUUCGCUGUCGCAAUGCAACUCAGACUUCUGUCGUUUUAGAAUGGGAUCAUAUUGAGUUAGCAACCGCAGAUGUUAUCUCACUCUCCCUCUUUCGCAAUGGACAAAAGGCUGGAAACAUCCCAAGGCCGAGUCAAAUGCUGAGCACAAAGAUCAGUGGUUUGGCUGUUGAUACAGAAUACACGUUUCACCUGCUAUUAAGAACGAGUGCCGGAACUUUUAGUAGUGAGAAGGUGGUUGUGAGGACACACAAAAUGACGGAUCUAAGUGGUAUUACUGUUACGCCUGGCAUUCUGCCCGCUUCAUUGAGGGAUAGUCUUGUCAAAGCAGUUGAGAGGAUUGGGGCGAAGAUGGCAGAUACUGUGAGAAUCGACACAACACACUUUGUCACAACAGAAGGAAGAGGUAUAGCCUGGGAGAAAGCCGUCGAGAUGAAUAUUCCAGUUGUAAGGCCGGAAUGGGUUGAGGGCUGUGAGAGAGGUGGAAGAAUCGUGGGCGUUAGGCAAUAUUAUCUUGAUGCGGAUCCAAAACAGAGACAAAUAGUUUCGAACACACCUCCAGCUCAACCAGCACAGGCUGAACCGUCCAGAGAACAAGUCACUACACCAACUACUUCACCACCACCCACGAACACGAACACGAACGGUCAAACUGUUCCUCCUACUCCACCCGCAAAAGAUACACCUAAAGCAGAUAAGGAGGAGAGAGAGAAGGAACAAGAAGAUGGUGAUUCUAGUAGCGACUCGGGGGAAGGACAAGAAAAGCAAGAGACAGAAAAGACAGCAGUUCCCGAAGAGCAAAAGUCUCGAGCUUCAGAUGUAGAACAACAGAAACUUGCUCUACGACCUGCAGCGCCAUUUGGAGUAUCAGCAGAUGACUUGACUAAAUCGGGCGAAGAAAACACAUCCGGGAAUCAGACGCCAGGAAAUGCUAGCUUUCAAGACGUCGCUUUGUGA